AUGAAAUUAUUGCUUAACCUUUUUACGUUCUUUCUCCUCAUAAACAUAAUCACAGCAAACACACAAACUCUCAUUCAAAACUCUUGCAAGAAAGCUGUAGCUAAAAACCGUGACCUCAAACUCGAUUUCUGCGUCAAGUCUCUAGAAGGGCACCACCGGAGCAAAACCGCACAAAGUAUGGGUGAGUUAGCCACGGCCUCGAUGAUAAACGCUGGGGCCAGGUCAAGGAGAUUGAGAGAAAAAGCUGACAAGAUUCUCAAGGAGAAGAACUACGGGGAAGACAAUGUGCUUGGAAUGCUAUUCGACGACUGCGCCAUGAUUUAUAAAGACAAUACUGUCACCUUGAAGGAAGCUGUGAUAAGUAUUAAAGUGCGUGAUUACAAAACCGCCACCUUCGUUAUGAGUUCUGCACUGAAUGCAACGAGAUUCUGCGAAACUAGAUUCGAAACAAGAGACCCGCCUCAGAUAUCUCCCUUUACAAGAGACAAUGAUGCCUUGACACAAAUGAUUUUGAUUCCUUUAGCUUUAACAAAAAUGUUGAAAUGA